AUGCAUGGCGUGCCAGAGGAUCGAGAAGCUGAAGCUUCCCUCAUGCUGGGGACGGCAGGGACAGUGCAGAUGAUUCGGGAUUGGGUUGAAUCAAGCUUGAACCCUGAAAAUGCGCACAAAUUUCCACCCCCUGGGGCGUGGGCUGCACACUUCAAUGUGCAUUUGUCACUGGACAUGUGGGUGGAGCUUCAAGACUUUGUCAAGGCAUCGUCGUCCAUGUCUGGUUUGCAGCUCAAGUGCGUGGCAUCAGACAGCCGAGGGCUGUGCGUUGAAGCUCUUCAAGUGCUGAUGACGCAGCAUGCCAGGGCACAGUAUCAGUACGCAGCACGUGCGCUUGAGCUACUCCAGAUGCCGAGUCCUGAUAGAAGUUGGGCCCAGGAUGGCAUCCGCACGCCAGAACCCAGGGGCACGCGUGAAGCUCCUUCUACACCGAUAAAGGAGCUCGAGUUGACUAAGAGAGGGAAGAGAUGCAGGCAUACAACUGAAGAUUCAAUUCCGGACUUCAAGCGAAGCAAGGCCAACGACUCUCGGUCAAUCAAGCCCCUGACCCGAGUGAGAGGGCAAGAGGUGCCUGCGGAUUUGCAAGGCAUCUUUGUUGCGAAGGAGGGCUUGAAUAAUGCUUUGGCCACAGGGAACUUGAAGGAGACAGUGUCCUGGCUGAAAGGCCUUGGCAAACGGAAGGUUGCAGCCCACGAGCUCGAGAAGACCCGCAUCGGCCUCACGGUCAGCUUGUGCCGAAAGCAGGCUGAUCCCUAUGUGACCAAGCUGGCCGAUUUGCUGAUCCAGAGGCUUCUUUGGGCCAAGUUUCCGAGAACUGGAUAUUCGAUUAAGAAGCCCCGCCGCCACGAGUUUUACGGGCCUUCGACAGAGCACAGUGUUUUUGAUGGGAAGCUCUCGUCCGCGCGCACCGCAGAGUUUAAUUUGCUCUUGACCAAAGUUGGCAUUGACUUCAAGGCAACAACAGGUGCGGACCAGUGGAGCCUUUUUGCUCGGCAGCCUUUUGCUGGCGGGGCGCUGGGUGCAAAGUCGACGGCUCAGAUGACUGAAGUUGUGCUGGAAGAACGUCCCACCGCAGCCUUCGCGGCACCCAAAGCCAGGGCCCAAAGCCGGCCCUUUGCAGGAGGCUCCAGCCAAAUCUCGCGCGAAGCGCAGCCACCGGCAUCUCAGCUGGAGGAUGUUGUGGCCAAUGCCCGCAGCAUGAUUUUCGCUGUCUACCCCAAGGGCCCUCAGGCAGCCUGGCGCAAUGUGCUCGCAGGUUUCGCAGUCGCCCUUGCAAUGAUCCCAGAGUCGGUUGCCUUUGCCUUUGUGGCCGGCGUGACUCCAAUUGUCGGCCUAUGGAGCGCAGUUGCGCUCGGCUUUUUUGCUGCAGCUUUCGGCGGCCGCGCCGGUGUUGCCUCUGGAGCGGGUGAGCCGCACUACGCCUGCAUUUGUGAUGACCGGUUUCUCAUGAUCCUCGGAACGUUGCAGAUUGCAGCGCCUUUGAUGAUACUUUUGCCGUCCAAGGAGCGCGGUCUUCUCCAGUGGGGCAAGUUCAUCAAGCUCGUUCCGCAUCCAGUGAUGCUGGGAUUUGUGAAUGGUUUGGCCAUUGUCAUUGGCAAGGCGCAAUUGAGCCACUUCCUGGAUCCGGCCACUGGCUCGGUGCUGUUGGGCGUGCGAGGGGCCACGAUGUUUGGCUUGACAGCGCUGUCCAUGCUCCUGGUGAAGCUGCUGCCUCGAGUCACAACUGCAGUGCCAUCGUCACUGCUGACCGUGGCGAUUGUGACGCUGCUUACAAAGGUUUUUCAUUUGCCAGCAACUACAUUGAUGGACAUGGCCGGUGCAGAAACCUUUCGUGGAGGUUGGAGCAUGCUGCCGCACUUGGGGCUGCCAGCGGUACCUUGGCUGGCCAGCCCACUUCAAACUUUCAGCAUUCUACUGCCCUACGCUGCCACGAUGGCCGCUGUAGGUUUGGUGGAGUCGCUGUUGACGCUGCAGCUGGUGGAUGGGCUAAUGGAGGAUGGGAAGAGAGGCGACACUUCCAAGGAGUGCAUUGGCCAGGGCAUUGGCAACAUCGCCAGCGGCCUCACUGGCGGCAUGGGCGGCUGCGCAAUGAUUGGCCAAACGCAGGUGAAUGUCCAGGCUGGUGCUACCUCACGAUUGGCAGGGAUUUCAAUGGCCUGCUUUCUGGGCGUGGGCAUCGUCGGCGCGGCGCCUGUGCUUGGACAAGUUCCAGUGGCAGCCCUGGUUGGCAUCAUGUUUGUAGUGUGCCAGUCGACGUUCGCUUGGUCCAGCCUUCGGAUCAUGAGAAAGGUACCACGAUCCGAUGCAGCCGUCAUCGUUUUGGUUUCGUGGGUUACUGUGGUGAAGGACCUGGCCAUGGCAGUUGUAGCCGGGACCAUCCUUUCCGCAUUGUCCUUCUCCUGGCAGCAAAGCACUAACUUGAGGGCUGACAGACAGGUUCAGGGCGACUGGAAGACGUAUCGACUGAGAGGGUUGCUCUUCUUCGGAUCCACCCAGCAGUUCUCCGACAUCUUCGCUGUGCAGGAGGACCCAGAAGACGUCAUCCUGGAUUUUGCGGAGUCUCGAGUCCUUGACCAUUCUGCACUGGAGGCCAUCAACUCCCUGGCAGCAUCCUACGGCGAACUGGGGAAGCGUCUCCAUCUCCGCCACCUAAGCUCUGACUGCGCCGGGCUUUUGGAGCGCCUGAAUGGAACCAUGCCACCCUACGAGAUCAUAGAGGCCGACCCAUCAACCGACCCGAUCUAUGAAGUCGCAGAGGACAAUAAGUUCUACAAAGAUUUGGCCGCGCCCAGCGCUCCAAGCGAAGAGGAACCGGCUGCUGCGGAGAGCGCGGACAUCGAUUAG